AUCCAUAUCGACGGCUCCAAAACCCAAAACUCGUUCACCUUCCUGAGACGGUUUCAGUUCAGAGUAAGAGAGACAGAGAGAGAGAUGAGUAGCUUCACGAUUCCAUCUCCUUCCUCCUUCUCUCUUUCCAAUUCAUAUAAUCAAACCUCUCCUCAUUCCUUCACUCUCCGCAAUUCUCGUUCCAAUUUUGAGUUCCACCGGUUACGAUUAGAUGUGGAGUCUCGAAGAAGAAGCACUUCUUUACGGUCCAAUUGCUCCACCAAAGGUACAGAUUCAGGUGAAAAUGAGAACAAAAGUGUGUUAGAUGCUUUCUUUUUGGGGAAAGCAUUAGCUGAGGUUAUCAAUGAGAGAAUUGAGUCUACUGUUGGAGAAGUGUUGAGUACUAUUGGAAAGUUUCAAGCUGAGCAACAGAAACAAGUUCAAGAGAUUCAGGAAGAGGUUCUUGAAAGAGCUAAGAAAGCUAAGGAAAGAGCAGCUCGAGAAACUAUGGAGGAACAAGGACUUGUUGCUUCCAAACCAGUAGCCAUUACUCGAAAUCCGGAUGCUGUUGUUGUUGCCUCUGUAACUUCUACAUCGACCGUUGAGAGCAAGACUAUAAUGGUUGAUGUAGAGGAAAGCUCGAGUUCCAGUGAUGAAGACUGAACGAUGGUUUCAAGGGUUUAAGUUGAAGAUUUGGUAAUAGCAGCAGAGACUUGUCUAAAAGGGUUAAGAUAUAUGUACUUGAAAAAACGAUGUAAACAAUGUAAGUUGAUAUAAAUCAAGGUUAAACCAGCAUUGAUACAUGACUAUACAUGGUUAUAUCUCUCAGGCUGUCUUGACAUUAGUUGAAGAAGACACAAGCCGCAAAUCAACAAGACUUGAAUUUGC